AUGUGUUUGGAAAACCGAGCAACACCUAUUGUCACCAGCAAGAAGCACGAUGAGAGCCUACAAUGGCCCGAAGAAGCAACGUCUUUGUCAUUGUCUUGUUUGUGUCAAGCUUGGAACAACUGGACGUAUGCGUACAUGAACCUUGUUUUGUCCAAGGGGGCAUCGGCACUGCAAGAAUCGUCUGGUUUGUCUCAAGAGGAUCUCUUUUCCGUUCCAAGGGAAAUGCAGUCGGAUCGGUUGGUUGAACUCUUUGAGCAUCAUUCCACCACCAACAACAAUGACACAAAGCGCCAGCGGUAUCCCAGCAUUUACAAGACACUCUGGAAGAUUGCAGCUCCCACAUUUGGUCCGGCUGGACUGUGCGAAUUGCUCGUGGUGGCGUGUCAGACCGGAUUGCCCUUGCUAGUGCGACAAUUGCUCCACAUUUUGGAGACCCAUCCGAGUGCGCAAAUCAUUGGACAAGGUCUUCCGUACGCACUGGCUCUCUUUGCCGUGUCCAUCUUGAAUGCACUGGCCAAUCAUCGACAUCGACACCUCGCCAUGAAAACAGGAGUCGCCUUGAGAGCGGCAUUGGUCAAUGUUCUCUAUCAACACAUUCUACAAUUAUCGCCGGCAGGCAAACAAGGAGUUUCGGCCGGACAAGUCACCAACUUGGUGGCGGUCGAAACGCAAAAAGUAUUUGAAGUCACACAAGAUGGACAUUUGCUAUGGGCAUUGCCACUCAGUAUCGCAUUGGUCUCCAUCUUUCUCUAUUGGACACUGGGACCUGCCACACUGGUCGGCAUUGCCGUGUUGGUCCUCUUUGUACCACUCAUUCAACACGUCACGGCUCGCAUGUUCCAAGUACGACACCAACGAACCAAACUGGUAGAUGCUCGUGUCGAACUCAUCUCCACCAUGCUACAAGGCAUGCAAGUCACCAAACUUAACAGUUACGAACACAACUACCAUACACGGAUUCAUAACGUGCGAGACCAAGAGUUGACAUUGCUCCGAAGUGAAAUGAUGAUUUGGGCGACCACCCUUCUCUUUCAAAUAUCGUCGCCCGUAUUGGCCACAGGAAUUACCUUUGCCACCUAUGUGCUCUUGGACGAACAAAAACAUAUUUUGACGGCAGCCGAUACAUUUACCGUAUUGUUGCUCUUUUCCGCACUGCGAUUUCCCAUCAACUUUGCGGGACGGUUAAUGGGCAAGGCAGCGCAAGCCAUGUCGGCAUUGGAACGCAUUGAAGCCUUUUUGAAUCGACCAAUCCAGGAACAGAAAAAGGAUCCCGACACUAAUGCCGAGGAUUGUAAUAGUGACUAUAAGAAGGAGGAGGAUCCAACAAUAAUCCCAUUGACAUUGUCCAAGGUGUCGUUUGGCGUGGGUGGGAGGAUCCAACAAAAAGUCCAGGAUGAUCAAGCCACAACAUACGAGUUUACAGUUUCAGAGUUCGACUUUCGCAUUGCCAAGGGACAAGUUCUGGCGGUCUGCGGUCCUGUGGGGUCGGGAAAAUCCACACUGGUCGAUGGUAUUUUGGGCGAAGCCGAACUACUACUAGCCGAUGGAGGAAAGCUCAUCCAACACGGCAAACUCUCGUACGUGCCGCAAACUCCCUUUAUCAUCAAUCGGACAGUCCGAGAAAACGUCUUGUUUGGAUUGCCAUUUGAUCCCGAACGAUACAAUGCUGUCUUGGAUGCCUGUUGCCUGCGACCAGACUUGGAACGAUUGGGCGAUGCGGGAGACAUGACAGAGAUUGGAGAGAGGGGUGUGACGUUGAGUGGAGGACAAAAGCAACGCGUGAGUUUGGCCCGGGCGGCAUAUGCCAAUGCGUCUUUGAUCAUACUGGACGACCCCUUCAGUGCAUUAGAUGCGGGAACCGGCAAGCAAGUCUUUGAACGAUUGAUUUCUGGUCCAGGGGCCCUUCUGAAAGAUACAGCUGUAUUGCUGGUGACACAUGCGGCUCAUUUCAUUACCCAUCCGGCCAUUGAUCAGAUACUGUUGAUUGUGGAUGGAGGCAAUCAAUUUUGUGGAUGUUGGGACGAACUAGGAUCGUUUCAUUCCAAAGAUGAUAAUGUGAAUCGAGCGGUUGAACAUAUCAAAUCAUCGGUCCGAGGUGGAGAAGAUGAGGGGGGAAGUGGGGAAGAUUUGGACUCAGAGUUGACGAAAGGGCAGAACAAAGAUCAACAGCAUUCCGCCACGGAGCACGAGAAUGAAAAGACCAAAUCAGGGAGACUGAUACAAGCAGAGAAAAGAGAAUAUGGCAUCUCCAGCUUGAGUACUUGGAUGUUGUGGUUUCGUCGAGCUGGAGGGAUGUGCUUCUUUGUGACGCAGGUUCUUCUCUUCGCAGUGGACAAACUUCUCUACGUGGCAGUGGAGUGGUUCCUAGCGAAGUGGACGGAAGGUGCUGUUGAGCCAGUCACUAUAUUCAACAUGGAGUUCCCAGCUCAGAUCGAUGGAUUGUCGGCGCAAGCGCAAUACCUGAAAGUCUACGCGAUACUCAUUUUACUGUUUGUCCUUGCGGCUUUCUUUCGGGCCGAGUGGGGGGCCAUUGGAGGUGUCCGUGCUGCUAAGAAUGUCUUCUACACAAUGCUAUCCAGUGUCCUGAAAGCUCCAAUGUCCUAUUUUGAAACUGUACCCAUGGGAAGAAUAUUGAACCGUUUCACUUUUGACACGGAUGUGAAUGAUGUGACUUUGAGUCAAGUCAUGUCCAUGUUCAUGCUGAGCUGCAGCUGGUAUGUAACCGGGGUGGCUCUGCAAAUUGCAAUUCUGCCCUGGACGGCGCUAGCCAUAGUCCCCGUUUCUGUCAUGUACUGGGUACUCAUGCUAUACUACCGAAAAUCGGGCCCAGACCUUCAAAGAAUCGAAGCCAUGGGUGGGCGUGAGGAUGGAGAUGCUGGGGAGUCUGGUUGUUUUGGUUUCAUCGGUCUUGGUUGUAUGCUUGAACGAUGUAUUGAAGCUAGAGGCUGGACUGGUGGGGCUGCUUAUCAUGUGGUGUUCAAACUUCACCAUUACCUGAACUUCUUGGUGGAUACAUUCGCAGAGGCAGAAGCGGCAAUUACAGCUAUUGAGCGGGUCGACGCCAUGGCAUCCCUGCCCAGUGAAAAACCCAUGGAAACCGAUGCUGAACAUCAACCGCCGUCUUCUUGGCCAACGCAGGGUUUGCUCGAAUUCAACAAUGUCAACCUCAGAUAUCGAGAAGGAUUGCCUUUGGUUUUGAAGAACCUCUCCUUCAAGCUUCCAGCAGGCAAAUCUUGCGGAGUAGUUGGGCGAACUGGGGCCGGGAAAAGUUCAAUCACCGUUGCUCUCUUUCGUCUGGUAGAGAUUGAGUCCGGGCAAGUGUUGCUGGAUGGAGUGGACCUUUGCCAGUUGGGUUUAUCAGACGUACGAGGACGAGGAAUGUCUAUCAUCCCCCAGGACCCCUUCUUGGCUGGAGCUACACUAAGGGAGAGCUUGGACCCAUUCCAGCUGCACACGGACGCUGAGAUAUUGGAAGCCCUGCAGUCAGUCCGGCUGGGCGCGAGCAACGCUGAGGAUGGGAAGCAACUAUUGUCUUCGCAGUUGGAGGAGGGAGGGUCCAAUUACUCCGUUGGUGAACGACAGCUGCUGAACUUGGCUAGGGCACUCUUGUCUCAACCAAAACUACUUGCUCUCGACGAAGCCACGGCUAGUAUCGAUGGAGAGACCGACGCUUUUAUCCAGAAGAUGCUUCGAACUCGCUUCCCGAACACAACUCUGAUCACAAUUGCGCACCGCCUGGAAACAAUAAUGGAUUAUGAUCUUUGUCUGGUGAUGGAUGCAGGCCAGGCAGUUGAGUUUGGUGCUCCAGCAGAACUGCUAGAUAUCCGCGGUGGUGUGUUGGCUGAGCUCGUGGACGCCACUGGAGCGGAAAGCUCAGAGGCACUACGAGGGUUAGCAAAAGAAGCUCAAUUGGCAAAGACUCAGGUUACAAGCUAG